CUCCCUCCACCCCUAAUCACCCUCCCACCAACUCACCCCCGCACCGCCGCCCUCGCUAAUCCCCCGCCGCGCCACGCACUUAAUCCCCUCUAUUUAUACGCCCCACCCUCCAUAGGCCCAGCCCAGGAGAGAGAGGACACACAGAUAGAGGCAGCCCCAGGCGCCGCACGCGUCGUGCCAGUAACCAAGCAGCCGCCGCCGCCGCUGCGGAAUUGGGCGAGAUGGAAACGGAAGCCGCCACCGCCUUCUACCACCAGCCGCCGCCGGCCGUCCCCGCGCCCAUGCCGCUGCCGGCGAAAGCGCCGUCAGGCACCGGCGGGGCUGGGCGUGGAGCCGCGGCGGCGAGGCAGUACCGCGGCGUGCGGAUGCGCAAGUGGGGCAAGUGGGUGGCGGAGAUCCGGGAGCCCAACAAGCGGUCGCGGAUCUGGCUCGGCUCCUACUCCACCGCCGUCGCCGCCGCCCGCGCCUACGACACGGCCGUCUUCUACCUCCGCGGCCGCUCCGCGCGCCUCAACUUCCCCGACCAGCUCGACGGCGCCACGGCCGCACUCAAGCUCGAGGAGAACGGCGGGCUCACCGCCGCCGCCAUCCGCAAGAAGGCCGCCGAGGUCGGCGCGCGCGUCGACGCGCUCCACUCCGGCAUCGGCUGCGGCGCCCCUCCCCCGCCGUCGCCGUCGCCGUCCCAGCGCCGCCGCACCAAGUACCCCGACCUCAACCGGGAGCCCACCCCGGACACCGACGACGGCGAGUAAACUCCACCCGCCCGCGCGCGCCGACUCCUAGCAGUGCUUAAUUAGUCCUUAGGCAGCCAGGCGAGUAGCAAGCAAGCAAGCAGCAGUAGCAGAGUACGGGUAGUAAGCAAGGCUAGCAGAUCAGAUCAGAGCAGGUAGUUCCAAAAAGAGAGGAUGGGCAUGGAAUCGGACACGCAAGGUGUUCGGUGAAAUGCGGAUGAGCUCGGGGGAAACACCCCCAACAAUAAUGGAGCCGCGACGUCGCCGUCAGGUCGGGAAGUGGUUGUUAGUAGAAGUAAGUAGGGGCCUAUAGUAUCGCCGUCGCCACGAGGGCCUUCUGGCCGGAGGCGGCGACGGCGACCGUAGCAGCAGCAUCGGCAGCAGUAGAUACAGACGUGCGCGCGUGCGUUGCGUUGCGUGGGCAUGUAGCCAGGCAACCUGGCCAUGCCAUGUACCUCUCCUGUUUGUUUGUAAAGAAAGAUACCGGCAGGCAAAAAUCAACAGAAAGCUUCAGAAUCUUUCAAAGAAUUGUUUCUUCUUUCGUGA